AUGUACCGCAUCGUACUGCUCAACCAGACCCAGUACGUCAAUCGUCAGUUGGGAGCGGGGCUCCCAAGGACCCCAGCAUGGGGGAUAGCCGCGACACCGGAUGAGCGCUGGCCACCGCGAGAGUCCCCUAAUGGAGGUGGAGGAGGAGGGAAAACGCUCUCCAAACUAUCUUGUGGGGAAGCGUGUAUCCCCGAGAGCUUCUUUGAUCGCGUAACGCAAGGGUUACGCGGCGAUCUCGAACAUGAGCGGGACAGGCGUCUUCUACUGGCGGACACUGUCUUGAAGCAUCGAGCUGAGUUUGCCUUUGCUCAUCUUGAGAACAAGAGAGCUCUGACGUCUCUUCGUGACGAGCUAAGGGUAGCUCGUGGGAUCGUUGAUCGGUCUCGGGAUGAGAUAAUUGCUCUCCAGACCCUUGUCGAUGCCCACCAUCGGGAGCACAAGGCUCUCUGCGAGAUGCUUGAGCGCAAGGGCGUUCUUCAUCGGAAGAAGCAGCGUACUGAUGGUGCGGCUUAA